CUCUCCUCCCGCAAGCGAAGUCAACGCGCACCAACAACCGCCCGUACACAACCAAUUGUAGGGCAUUUUCCGUCAACUGCAAUCACUUCAACCAGCAUGAAAACCUUUCACACGACAUCCAUCGCCCUCCCGAAAUAUUUCACUUCCCUCCAA